AUGUCCUAUCAUUUUGAUGAUUUCUACUUACAGAAACCGCGUCGUUCUGGCGUAGCUGUGGGUGUGUCGUUAUCAAUUUCAGCUAUAAGAUCUAAGAGUAACGCGAAAAGAAAAGAUAAAACAAAAGAUAAUCGUGAUGAUACAGAUGAUGCUGAAUUUGAAGAUGGUGAUGGUCAUUUAUCUUUUGAAAAGAGUGUUAUCGGUAAACUAAAUAGAACUGAAGUUGAUGGCCAACACGCACGGAAAAUGUUCGAACAAAUUUUAUCAUACCAUGAUCGUCAUGAAAGAACUCAAAAGAUUUUUGCCGAUAUUGAAGAAUCAACACCAUCGCCAUCUGAACGUCAAUCGAACAACAGUGAGGUGACAUUUCCUUCGGAACUGCCUUACUCGGUUGAUGAUGGAAAAAGUUUUUUCGAUGCAUUGCUUAUACCUGGUGACCGAACAAAAAAGAAUUUAUUUGCACUUAAAUUAGUCGAUAAAGUAUUUUCAAGAGAAGAAUUUCUUGAAAUUGAUCCAACAAAAAUAAAACAACAACUACUAGAACAUCCAAGCUAUGCAUUUAUAAAAGAUUUGUUUUACUAA